CGGAAAUGACCGAAGACGCGUUGAAGGAACCGGCGGCGGGCGAGGUGAAAUCGAGAGGUGAGACGAGGAGGACUUGCGGGUUGGAUCGCUGGCCCCGUGGAGCGAACCACCUGCGGCUAACUUGGAGGGGAAGAACGCAGGAAGCGAAGCUUUGACGGAGGGAAUAAAAGGCGAAGGCGAUAGUCUCACUCUCCACCCCCCUUUCCCUAAUGGUAGUUGCCUACGGAUCCCGGGAGCAACUGGCUUAACGCAGUGGCGUCCGUCGGGCGGGAGGGUUAAACUCGGAAGGAACCCUGCAUUUUCAGAGGAGGAAGGAGUGCAUAUGCCUUGUGUCUGAACUAGGAGAAGAAAACCCAGCUCUGCAUGAAUCUGUUAACUGGCUUUUGGCAUCCAAGAAUUAGCUACUCGGGACUGUUGUCUUGUAUGCGUGUUGGUCGGUUGGUUGGACAUCUCCAAGGAAAAUGAUUUGUGGCAGGUAGCCUUGCUUAGGAAGCUGGUCCUACUGAUCACUCAUGAAGCCCUUUUCUGGUUGCAAAGGAAUCUGAAGACAUUCGUAUUAAAUUUUGCCUGGUGACUGACCCGAUCCACAGAUUGGAGACUGGAUCAUGGUGGCAGGCUGGCCACAGAAUUGAGGGAGGCGAGUCCCUGGAGAUGGGCAUUCUCUGCUGCAGCGCUGUUGAAUGACGAGGGAAACUCCCAUCCCUGACGACGGCACUCUGUGGACCGGAGUCGGAGAGCAGAAUGUGAAGAGGGUCGCUGGUCUACUGGCAGCUCAGUGGCGGCAAGGGAUACUGAAAUGUGAGCUUCCUCCUGCUUGCCUUGUUAAUUGGAUGCUAAUACAGAAUGCGGAAAGUGACGAUAAAGGUUGGCUUGCUCCGAUUGUGUUUCUCUGGCCCAGAGGAGACUUCUUAUUGCCAUGACUACAUUGCUCCAGCUCUCCUAGCAACACCUAGUUAACUGAAGGUCAAGGGGAAGAGUUUGGCAAUUGGUUCCAGUCGGAUCAAAAGUUGUAUCCAUCAUCCCAGGGAGAAGAUGAAAUUUCCAUUCUAUUGGCCCUUUGUCAGACUGGCACAAUAACGUUUUCUUCCAGGGAGCUGCCAAGGAAAGAACUGGUUUGGGUAUGGCUACUGAUCCAACGUGAUUGGGCGCGCACCGGCUCUUGGACUCAUGACUGCGUAUACCAUGUUGCGGAAUGGGGGAGUGGGGAAUGGAGGCCAGCCCUGGAUGCUACGAUGGUCCAGUCGGAUUCGACUCACUUGGCUGAGCUUCACGUUGUUCAUCAUCCUGGUCUUCUUUCCCCUCAUCGCCCACUACUACUUAACCACCAUCGAUGAUGCGGAUGACGCCGGGAAGCGCAUCUUUGGUUCCCGCACGGGCAACGAGCUGUGCGAGGUGAAGCACGUCCAGGAUUUGUGCCGCAUCCGAGAGUCGGUGAGCGAGGAAUUGCUCCAGCUGGAAGCCAAGCGGCAGGAGCUGAACAGUGAGAUUGCCAAGCUGAACCUCAAGAUCGAAGCCUGCAAGAAAAGCAUAGAGAACGCCAAGCAGGACCUCCUGCAGCUGAAGAAUGUCAUCAGUCAGACGGAGCAUUCGUACAAAGAACUGAUGGCCCAGAACCAGCCCAAGCUCUCUCUGCCAAUUCGGCUGCUACCAGACAAGGAUGACUCUAACUUCCCUUUGCCAAAAUCUAACAGGAACUGCCGGCUAUACAACUGCUUUGACUACUCACGUUGCCCGCUAACCUCUGGCUUCCCCGUGUACGUCUACAACAGCGACCAAUUCCACUUUGGAACUUCAUUAGACCCUUUAAUUAAACAAGCCUUUGAGUCCACUGUCCGAACUAAUGUGUAUGUUACUGAAAAUGCAAACGUUGCUUGUUUAUACAUAAUCUUAGUGGGAGAAAUGCAGGAGCCUGUAAUGCCAAAACCUACUGAACUAGAGCAACAGUUGCAUACUCUGCCAUACUGGAGAACUGAUGGGCACAACCACCUCAUCAUUAAUUUAUCCAGGAAGUCGGAAACUCAGAACUUCCUUUACAACGUCAGCACAGGACGGGCCAUGAUCGCCCAGUCCACCUUUUUCGAUGUACAGUAUCGUCCAGGUUUUGACAUUGUGGUUUCUCCUCUGGUCCAUGCCAUGUCUGAACCGAAUUUCCUAGAGAUCCCACCCCAGGUGCCAGUCAAACGCAAAUAUCUAUUCAGUUUCCAGGGUGAGAAGGUAGAGUCUCUCCGGUCCAGCUUGCAAGAAAUACGUUCAUUCGAGGAAGAAAUGGAAGGCAAUGCCCCAGCAGACUAUGACGACAGAAUCAUUACCACCCUGAAAGCUGUCCAAGACAGCAAGCUGGACUUUGUCUUGGUGGAAUUCACUUGUAAGAACCAGCCUAAGCCAAGCCUGCCCACUGAGUGGGCCCUUUGUGGAGAAAGGGAAGACAGACUAGAGCUACUGAAACUAUCUACUUUUGCACUGAUAAUCACUCCCGGCAACACCCACCUUGUGAUCUCUUCUGGGUGUGCAAUGAGACUCUUCGAGGCUCUGGAAGUCGGAGCUAUCCCGGUGAUCCUUGGAGAGCAAGUCCAGCUGCCGUAUCAUGAUGUGAUCAGGUGGAACGAGGCAGCCUUAAUCAUACCAAAGCCACGUAUCACAGAAGUGCACUUCCUUCUGCGGAGCAUUUCUGACAACGACCUUUUGGCCAUGAGGAGACAGGGCCGCUUUUUGUGGGAGACCUACUUCUCCACCUCGGACAGUGUCUUCAGCACAGUCUUGGCCAUCAUAAGGACUCGAAUCCAAAUCCCGGCCAUUCCCAUUCAAGAGGAGACGGCAGUGGAGAUCCCUCACCGGUCUGGCAAAGCUGCAGGCACGGAUCCCAACAUGGCUGACAAUGGGGACUUAGACCUGGGGCCAGUGGAAACAGAGCCACCCUACUCUUCUCCCAAGUACCUUCGCAAUUUUACUCUCACAGCAAUGGAUAUUUACAGAAACUGGAAUUCUGCGCCUGGGCCCUUCCACCUUUUCCCCCACACACCCUUUGAUCCUGUUCUACCAUCAGAAGCCAAGUUUCUAGGGUCUGGGACUGGGUUUCGACCAAUUGGUGGAGGAGCCGGUGGCUCAGGGAAGGAGUUCCAAGCCGCGCUAGGGGGCAAUGUCCCCAGGGAGCAGUUUACGGUAGUCAUGUUGACCUACGAGCGGGAGGAAGUACUAAUGAACUCACUGGAGCGGCUCAAUGGCCUCCCUUACUUGAAUAAAGUGGUGGUGGUCUGGAAUUCCCCCAAGCUUCCAUCGGAAGACCUCUUGUGGCCAGACAUCGGCGUUCCAAUUGUGGUUGUGCGCACGGAGAAGAAUAGUUUGAACAACCGGUUCCUACCCUGGGAUGAGAUCGAGACGGAGGCCAUCUUGUCUAUUGACGACGACGCACACCUUCGCCAUGAUGAGAUCAUGUUUGGAUUCCGGGUCUGGAGAGAGGCUAGGGACCGCAUCGUUGGGUUCCCUGGGCGCUAUCACGCAUGGGACAUCCCACACCAGUCCUGGCUCUACAACUCCAAUUACUCCUGUGAACUGUCCAUGGUACUGACCGGGGCUGCCUUCUUCCACAAGUACUAUGCCUACCUGUACUCCUAUGUGAUGCCUCAGGCCAUCCGCGAUAUGGUAGACGAAUACAUCAACUGUGAGGAUAUUGCCAUGAACUUCCUGGUCUCUCAUAUCACCAGGAAGCCACCCAUCAAGGUGACUUCCCGCUGGACUUUCCGCUGCCCUGGCUGUCCCCAGGCCCUUUCUCAUGACGACUCCCACUUCCACGAGCGGCACAAGUGCAUCAACUUCUUUGUCAAGGUCUACGGCUACAUGCCCUUGCUGUACACCCAGUUCCGUGUGGACUCGGUCCUCUUCAAGACCCGGCUUCCCCACGACAAGACGAAAUGUUUCAAGUUCAUCUAGGUGAGAGGUGUUUGGCUACGGACUACUGGAAUGGGGCCAGCUGGGGUCAAGGAAGGAGUCCUCUCUGUCAGGCUCAGGGAGGAAGGACCCUCCCUCCGCCCAGGACUAAUGCCCUUUUCUGCUUGAACCUGGGACACAGUCAUGGAUCCCGCAUCUGUGCAUGCCCCACAAGGACUGUAACGGCAGGGGGCUCCACUUAAAAGACUCUGUUCGGAAUCCUUUAUUGAGAAAAAGAAAGGAGACUUUGGUUAGUCCCCAGCUAAUGGGUUAGCCAAGGGUAAAAAAAACAACUGGGGUUUUUAAAAUAUUAAUUAUUAUUUAAAAUGGAAGUGUUUUAGAUCUGCCUUGUGAGGCUUUCUAUUUUUUCGGCACGGGGCGGGAGGGGUUGUUUUAGUUUUCGGUUUGGUUCUGGCCCAUUCAUCGCUUGUGGGGAGGGGACACAGAGACCCCCUUCCUCCUUGAUGACGUGGUGUGCUCUUGGGGAAGGUGGCUUUGGCAACAGGAUCAAGCCCCCCAGCCGUCUCUCUUGCUGCUUAGUAUGCUCUCUGUAGAAUCUCCUUGGGGUUUCGGGGAGGAGAUGACAGGUCCCUCCCACGGAAAAGCUCCUUGCUUCUUCCCUGCGCAGGCGCGCGCAGGCGCACACACACACAGGGCCCCCCCUUGUGGCUUCUAAGGAGCCCACUGCUGCUGGCGAGUGUUCGGCUUCCCCCUCCCACCCUCCUGUGGUAAAACAGAGGACCUUCAGAAGCCCACCCUCUUCCACAGGCCUGCUGAUGGGUCCCACUGGCACUCCCAGUUCUGUCUACACACAGAGUUCCUUCCCCAUGGCACUGUUCCAGCCACUCCCGCUGCCCGGGAGCCCUUUCUGCUGCUCUCCUCUCCCGGCCGUGUGCAGGCUGUGAAGUCCCCCCCCCUCGCCCCCUGAAUGUCUUGGCUCAAAGGUCUUAAUGCAAGCACUGCCUUCUGCAACAUGGAAAUCUGUGGUCUUGGGGCGGAGGUCAACGCUGAUAGUAGAGUGCUGUGCCCCGUAGCCUUUUUUAAGACGAGGUUUGCCGCAAAUGAGGUGCUUUUUUGUUUGUUUGGCGGGGUUUUGGGGUUUUUGGGUUUUUUUGGCCUCUUAGGACUUUAUCACAAUUCUUUCUCGGGUGGGUGUGCGUGCAUGCAUGCACAAACACCCCUUGUAAGAGUUCCAGGGCUCCAUGCUGUAGUGGAGAUGUAGUUGGCCCUUGCUAAUGAGAUUGUACCUGAUAUCACUUCUUGGUGAACAAGCUGCAGACCACACCCAAGUCAACAAACCAGAAUCUCAUUCUCAGCCCCACCCGCCUUGCCUUGUUCUGCACAGAGUUUUGAUUCCUCGGGAUGCAGAUUCUCUCUCGCACUGGGCCACCGCAAAGCUAAGAACCACAAAUUCCACUGUGUGAUGGUUUGCUAAUUCCCUCCUCCUUCACUCCACCUUUUCCUUAUUUCUAGAAAAUGUGAAAAUACCCACAUUCCCUGAGCCAUCCGUGAGCUAGACAACCCCAUUAGCAAGUUCCUGCUGCCUCAGACCUUCCUGAUACUAUCUUGCCAAUGGAGAAUUCCAGUUUCUGGGUGCCUAAGGACAUGCCACGUUUUGUGUCACCACAGCGACACCACUAAAAAGUGGCACCGCACAUUUUUGCUAAACUGUAUCAAAGGGAUGCCAUCUGUGUUUAAUAAAAGUGCAGUUAGAAGGGGGUCUUUUUCCACUUGGGCAGAUGUUAGUUAAUUACCACUAAUGGCCCCAAGAGCUUUCCUUCACUUGCUUCCCUCUCUGCACAUCUAAUUGCUGCUAUUUGCAAAUGUUCACCAACCUCCUCACUCCCAGAAACGGUCUUUAGGAACUGCCAUCCACACAUGGGCACAUGCCUCCACCUGAUCGACCCAACUGGAAAAAGGUUCACAGGCUCGGACACUGUAACUGCACCAUCCAGGUCUCACAUGGGUAAGAUGGGGCUCAGGCUAUUGACAGCCGCGAAGUGAUGCAUUGGACAGGACUGAAGGGGAAACCGGAGGCUGUAAGGCCUAGUGCUCCAGGCCCUGUGGGUGCAUUUGUUCCACCUGCACACUCAUGUGCAUGCCGGCCACAGUGGACACCUGUGCAAGGGUUAAAGGACGUCUUUUCUCCAGAGGUGUGUUUCCUGGUGUCAGCGUAUGCUGACGGCUUCUAACCUCCGUGCUGGGAACUGGCAUCAAGGUACUGCUCUGAGCUGCCGUUCGCCACUCCUUCUUUCAAGCUGAGCUUCGGGGAGUUUCUUCCCAGUGCAUUGAGACCACUGUUGUGCGUGUCAGUUUAGACCGCAGAGAAUCCCCGCUAAAAGGAGUGUGUUUUCUCACAGCAGUAGCUCCUCCUCCUGCUGCUGCUGCUCCUCUCCGCUGUGGCGGUUGCAGCUAACUCAGCUUGGGCUCCCCAUCCAUGCAGGAGGCCAUGCAGCGAUGCAUUCCCAAGCAGGCAGGCUAAGCUGGCCGAUCGUUGGCCAUGAGGGUGAAAUACUCACUGCGCUCCAUCGGGCAGAGAUGGCACUGGGAGACCUCAGUCUCCUGGUCACUUCUCAUCUCAUGGCAUGUGAGCAGGCGAAGACUGCUGUCCUCUGCCCCUCGAGGGCAUCUCUGGGCUGAGGAGAGGAGACGGUUGAUGCCUGGACCCAUGGAUGAGGCUGGUCAUGGUGUGGCCCUUACAGACGUUGCUGCAAGAAAAGCGGUGGUGUGAAUCCCACUCUGAUCAGCCAUUAAGGCAAAGCACCGGGUUUCAUCAGCUCUCGAAUGUUAAUAACGUUCUGCCCGAAACCCUGCCGUAUUCUUAGUUUUUUCUCAGCCCAUGUGGCUGCUCUCUCUUUCAUUCUGGGGGAUUAUGGCAGGAGGGGGGAGCCUUGGCCAGAGGGAGGGCUCCUCUGUUCUAGGUAUUCUGGAAACCCAACAGUGGUGUGUGUGUCUCCCCCUCCUCCUCUCUGUUCCCCUCCACCUGUGUACGCUGUUGGCCCUCCGUUCCCUGACACUAUGGCUGCGUUUAAAGGCUCUGUGAGCACCAAAAGGUUUGAAUGGUGGUUUUGAAAAAAUAAAUUAAAAGGUGGGAGGGAGGAAUUCAAGACCCUGACAUGAGCACAAUAUUCAUAUGUUGGAUUUUGUAAAAGGAUGAAAUAAACUCAGAGUUUAACUUGAAA